GCUCCCUCAGCUGUCAGUGUGAAGGUGUGCGUGGUUGUGCUUCAAUCAUAGUGACAUGGGCUGUUUAAAGUGUUGUUUGGCCCUAGUAUUUGUUGUGUUAGCAUGUGUCUUUGCAUCAAGCAGUCCAGAGAUACCAAAUACUGAUGAUACCAAACCACUAUGGAAUGCCACCUGGACAGAUAAGCUGAAGCGUAAGCUUUUAACACAUUAUGACAAGUUCUCAAGACCUGCACAGCACACUAAUGCAACUGUUGUCAAGAUGGUAUUAACUUUCCGACAUAUUGAACUUGAUGAGUUAAAAUCAGUGAUGACAGUGUAUGGCUGGAUGAGAAUGAUAUGGACAGAUGAGAAACUGAAGUGGAAUAAAACAGAAUGGGGUGGACUCCAUGAGCUACAUUUAGCUGAUCAUGAAAUUUGGCAGCCAGAUAUUAUCCUUUACAACAGUGCGUCAGGAUCAAGUAUCGAUCAUUACGGGAAUUCUCAUUGUGUUGUGUUUCCAACUGGAGAAGUCAUCUGGGUACCCCCUGCACAGUUUCUUGUCUUCUGUGAUCUUGACCUUCGUCUGUGGCCAUAUGAUACACAGACCUGUCAUUUAACACUUGGCUCUUGGACUUAUGAUGGAGAUCAAGUGGAUCUGCAACUUGGUGUACCAUUUGAUGGUUUUGAGGAGUUGCAGAUGGACCUGUGGAAUACAAAUUCUGAAUGGCAGAUAGUGGAUGUAAAAGGAAAUCGAGCUGAACAGUAUUACUCAUGUUGUACAGAACCAUACAUUGACAUCACAUACAACAUCACUCUCCGUCGACAAUCUCCUGCUUACUCUGCCAUUGUGAUCACACCAGCUGCAGCAAUUGUUCUGAUGACACUGGCAGGAUUUUGGUUACCUCCAAAUGCAGGAGAAAAGAUUUUGCUCAACGGUUGUACAGCAAUAAUUAUAUGCCUGUUCCUGCUGUAUUUUUCUCAGAAGUUACCUGCAAUGGCAGGAAACACACCAUUAGUAGUGCUCUUUUACAGUAGCUCACUGCACCUUGUGAUUUUGUCACUGGUGGUGACUGUUGUUGUCCUAAACCUAUCACGCAAUUGCUACAGCAUUCCAGUUCCAUGGGUGUUGCAAUCAUUGCUACUUGGUUGGCCAGGCAGAAUGUUAGGGCUACAUCACAUUGUCUUGCUGGUACCAUCAACAGAAGACCGCCAUGAGAGUUGUUCAGGAAUGGAAGACAGCAGCAUUGAAGCCUCAAGUAGCGGGGGCAAUGUGAGCAUUGGUGAUGACAGCCGACGUGUUCUGACACGUACAUCCUCACAUCGACGCCAUCAAGUUAACUGGAUUCUUCUAGCAAUAGCUAUUGAUCGCUUGUGCUUUCUGCUCUACUGUCUAUUGUUCAUCAUACUUGCAACAGUGUACUCUGUGUAGUGUGGAAU